GCCUCAGGUAAUUACUUCCUCAAAGAAUCAAUCAAUAAAAGGAGAUAAGGUAAAAAACUUGAAUGCUGCCAGGAAUAUGUAAUUGAACAUGAAUACGCAAGACCGUUCAACACCGUACACGAUCAAUCAAGAAUUCACAUUUGUUCUUUUAUCUAUCGCCACCGAGAUAAAUGAGUAAUUUUUGUCUUUUCUUUUUUGUUCUUUUUUUUUUUCUUUUAAGGCGGGUAAUAAUAUUUUUUUUUGAAACGAUAAGAUAUUGAAUGUUCAAUUGAUUGAGUGAGAGUGAGAGAGAAAUGCAAUGAUGUAAGUGGAUCAUUUUGGUGGAUGAUACCAUAUUUAAAUAACUAAUUGAAUAAUAUAUUAAAUAAAAAUGGGCUUCGCUCAUUCUGAUAAACGACAGUGGAUAAUCGCAGUGAUAAUAUACAUUUUAUUUUGUGGUGUAAUGGAUCUGAGAUUACAUUAUCGAAUGCGAAAUUAUGGUGUACGAGUGAUAAAUAAUAACAAUGGGAGUGAAACCAACUAUUUAUCAGACAUUAUUCCGUGCGAUUUGGAUCCACUGUGUGUUGUUACGAUAAAAGGACUUACAUUAGAUUAUAUAAACUUCUAUAUUCUUGGCCCAUUGGCUGGACUAACUGAAAAACUAAUGAGAUUGAGUGAGAGCACGUGGAUAUCGCCCAAUCUGAUAAGCAUAACUCACGUGUUUGUUGCUGUAUGUGCUGGACAAUUGAUUAGUAGAAAAUCAUUGAUGCAUCGCAGAUUUGGUGUAUUAGCGUUUCAAAUUCGAUCAUGGCUCGAUGAUUUGGAUGGUUUUGUUGCUAGAAAGAUACAUCAUGUUUAUGGUGAACAUUCCGAUGUUGGUAGUACAGGAUACUUCGUUGAUGCCAUCUGUGAUACACUAGGAACAGCUGCGCUUUUAAUUGGAAUAUUCAUUUAUUUGAAAAAUAAUAUGCCAAAAUAUUCUGGUUACAUGAAAUUGGAGCCUAUCGUGCCUGUCGCUGGUAGCCAAAUAGGUUCUUGUGUUGUUCAGAAGAAAAAAAUUCGUCAUAUCAGAGUUAUACCGACUAUUCUUCUUAUUACUGGAGAAUUAAUCAUCUCCAGUGCUUUAUGGAAUCGUUAUAUUGAUCUUUAUCAAAAUCUCUUGGAAUCAGACAACCUUAAUUUAUCCAUGACGCAGCAAGAGUUAUUUAAUAAGCAAUCUGAAGUUUUACGUCAGAAUUCAUUAUUAAUUACCACAACUCUUUGGCGCCUCAUUAAUCCCCACGCAUUAACCGAUUAUAUUUUAGCUGCAAUAUUUAUUGAUCGUUUGUGGUCAUAUAUGCAUUCCAUCCGGUGGAUUGGAUAUAUUUUUAUAUUCGUGGUAGUUUAUUAUACAGAGUUUCAGUAUAUGCAAAGUAGCAGAUACAUAAUGGAUGUUGGAGCUCUAGUUGUUUCGGAAAUUAACGCAAAUAGUACUGUGUCUUAAUACUAUUCAUUUUCAACUGUAUAGAAUAUUUAUGUAAAAAUUAUAUAUUACUACAUGUAAUGAGAUAUAUGUUUUUGUACGCAUAUAAUCUUCAUUUUUGAAUAUAUCCUUAAUUUUUCCAUA